AUGUCUGAACAAAAGAACAAUAUUAUGUCCGCUCCGCGGGAGCCAUUGGGUGAUGGCGGACGCACAGCGGAGAAGGCUGGAGUCGACUCGGAAGAUCAAAUGCACCAUGCAGCGCCUCCUACAGAGGCCAUCCGCAAGAUCUGGACGAAAUCUCCGCUCAUCGUCGCUUUUGCCGGUCUCUUUGUUAUGAACUUUGCCAUGAUUUUCGCUGCUUCUUCUGCGGGCGUCUACGAUCCCUACGCCACGAGCCAUUUCAAAGGCCAUUCUCUCAUUGCCACAGCCAAUAUCAUUCACGGCAUUGUUCGAAUUGUUGCAUAUCCCCUGCUAGCAAAAGUUGCAGAUCACAUUGGACGACCGCAAGGAUUCGCAGGGUCGGUGAUAAGCAUGGCUCUAGCAAAUGUGCUCUACGCUGCGUGUCACAACGUAGAGACAUAUCUUGCCGGAGGUAUCUUUGAAUCGUUCGGUGAUACUUGGUGGACCAUUACCGAGCAAAUCUUUAUCGCCGAAGUCACCUCUCUCAUGAACAGAGGUUUUCUCUUUACGCUGCCCGAGUCGCUGGCUGCCCUUCCCACCUUGUACGCUGGCACGUAUCUUGGUGAACACAUGCUGCUCGAGUCUUCAUGGCGCUGGGGGUUCGGUAUGUGGGCUGCCAUUAUGCCCUUCUGCGCACUCCCAACCAUUGCCAUCAUGGUGUUCAUGGAGUUCCGAGCUCGGAAGAAGGGCAUCUACUAUAAGCGAGUUUCACUCCGUGCUACUUCCGAGAUCCCAGAGGGUGCAUCCUGGACAACCAAGGUCCGCCAGGUUCUUUUCGUUCAGCUGGACAUUGUCGGCGCAUUUCUGUUGCUCGCUGGUCUUGCAAUGACUCUAUUGCCACUUUCCAUCACAGGAAGGAGAAACACUGAGCGGUGGACCGAGCCGUCGUCUAUCGUGCUUUUGGUCGUGGGAGUAUUGACGUUUUUUGGCUUCUUGGUUUGGGACGGACGAUAUGCAAAGAAGCCUAUUGUUCCGUUCCGUAUGAUUAAGAACCGCAAUGUCAUACUUGCUUGUGUUUCUGUCUGCAUUAUUGCCAUGUCGGAUUCAACCUAUAGGACGUUUGCACCAAGCUUUUUGCAAGUGGCUGGGGGUUACUCGCCUGGACAUGCAGUCCGCAUCGACAAUGCUCGAAGGGUUGCCUUGAACCUUGGUGGUCUUGUCAUUGGUCUGGCCAUCAAAUUCGUCAAGCAUACCAAGCCGUUCAUAGUUCUCGGCUUCUUAAUGGUUGCUCUAGCUAAUGGACUACCAAUCUACUUCACCAACAUUGGUGGAUCUCGAGUCGCCAACGAAGCAGCUCUUACCACUGGAAAGGUGCUGCUUGGUCUUGGUCGGGGUUUUGCUCAGGUACCGCUUCAAGUCGCUCUGCAGGCUGCAGUUCCGGAUCAAGAGAUUGGUAUUGCAACGGCCAUGUUUCUCUCUUCGUCUGGAUUUGGUGCCAAUGUUGGCAACAGUAUUGGUGGUGCUCUCUGGAACACCCUUCUGCCCCGACGGCUCGCGACAAAUCUCCCAGAGGUUGACAAGGCAAACAGCACCGCCAUCUUCCGUUCCAUCGUGGCGGCGCAGAGCUACGAGCCGGGUACCGCAGCCAGAGAUGCCAUUAAUCUCAGUUACCGCCUGACACAGCAGACACUUGCAAUUGGAUCGCUUUCGCUUUCCAUUCCUCUUCUGAUCAUCAUGUUCUUUUUCCGGAAUGUCAAGUUGGAGAAGGAGGAUGAGAAGAAAAAUGAGGUCGCUGAGCAGCAGCUUGCCGCGGCGGGACAGGGCAUUUCCACUGGACAAAACACUGCGACGGAGAAGAGUUAA